CACGAAAUUCUGAAGGUGAAAUUCAAUGAAUUGAAUUGGCUUCAAUUAGGAGAAGCGGCGCUUCUCUCGAUUCAAUUGUUUAAUAGAAGAAGAUCGGGCGAAAUAGAACGAAUCCUUAUCGAGGAUUUUCGUUCAUUCGAAAAAAUCGAUGAAACAUCUAUUGGACAGGCGUUCAAUACCUUUUCCUUGAAAGAAAAAGAAGCGGCACUGAAAUACGUGCGCUUCACCAUCAGAGGAAAACUGAACAGGACAGUGCCUGUUUUAUUGCACCGUGAAGUUUUAGAAUCAUUAGAAACUUUACUAAAAUAUAGAUCAGAAGCCGGUGUAAGCAAAAACAACCCGUAUUUAUUCGGAAUCCCCGGCACAUUGAAGGGGGAUUUCCGGUAUUUGAGCGCCUUUCAGUUAAUGAGAAGGUACGCCUAUGAGUGCGGGGCAAAAAAUCCUCAAAAUUUAAGGGGAACGGUACUAAGAAAGCACGUCGCCACAAUGUGCGCAAAUUUCAAUCUCAAGGACAAUCAGGUUGCAGAUUUGGCUAACUUUAUGGGCCAUGCCGAAAAAAUCCAUAAGGAAAUAUAUCGUCAACCUGUAUUAACAAGGGAAAUCGUACACAUUUCCAAACUAUUGGAAGCAGUGCAAGGAAAUGAUGGCGAGGAUUCCGAAGACGACUCGGAUACGGAUUUGAAUCUAGUUAGUUGUAACACAGACAAACUCGUCUCUUAUAGUAGUACCAUUGCCAAUGAUAGUAAAGAAGCUACUUCAACUACGUCACAAAGCAUGGAAAUCGAUUUUCAAUUAGAAGAGGCAGUGAUUUCGACUCCGUCUCCUAAUGUCAAAUGCCGUAGGAUCCGUUGGUCUGAAGAAGAGAAAAGAAUAGCUUCAGAAGCCUUCAAAGAAUACAUUCUGAAUAAUACAUUGCCAUCAUUCCAAAAAAUUCAGGAAGUCAUGAAUGCAAAUCCAGGUGUAUUUCAUAGAAGUGUAGCCACCAUUAAAACCUGGGUCAAAAAUGAACAGUUGAAAAAAGCCAAGAGAGGGAAUUGAAUAAUGUCCAGUAUUUUGACUGUUUAUGUGAUAUCAAAAUAUAUUUUUUGAUAUGUUUUA